AUGGCUAGGAAGAAAGUAAAGCUUGCCUACAUAACCCAUGACUCAAAGAGGAGGGGAACAUUCAAGAAAAGAAAAAAUGGUUUAUUUAAGAAGCUUAAUGAAAUAAGUACCCUUUGUGGAAUUGAAGCGUGCGCUAUAAUUUUUAGUCAAAACGAUCAUCAACCAGAAGUUUGGCCGUCACCAUGGGGAGGAGUUCAAAAGGUGUUGUCGAGGUUUAAGAGUUUAUCUGAAAUGGAACAAAGAAAAAAGAUGCUGAAUCAAGAGAGUUUCUUGAAGCAAAGGAUCCAGAAGGGACAAGAACAAUUGAAGAAACAAAGGAAUGAAAACAGAAAGAAGGAAAUGACCAAUCUUAUGUUUCAAUGUGUUAAUGCUGCCCAUAUUAUUGGCAAUGUUGGCCUCAAUGAUCUCAAUGAUCUCUCAUGGAUGAUUGAUCAGAACUUGAAACAAAUCGAAAGGCGUACCAAUGAGACUCAAGCUGAAGAGGUGGUCGAAAAUCGUGAUGAAAAUGUGAUUGGUAGGGAGCAGGGCAUGGAGAACAAUGUUGAUGCAAUGCAAAGUCAACAUUGGUCAUUGGACUUCACCAGCAACAAUUUUGGUGAUGUGUUGCCAUUUGAAAAUGGUAAUAAUAAUGUACCAAAUGGUCGGUGGCCUUAUUAA